CCUCCAUUUCCUAAACAUCCCCAUCCAAUCGACUUCUGCAAGAUAUAAAAUGCGUUUCGGAUUCAGCACCCCUGCAGUUGUCCGCUGGCCUGGCCUGGCGGACUUCCAGCACUCUUCGAUGGAGGAGUUGAGUCUACUACUCUCUCUUCUUCGUUAUGUUAUGGCGCGCUUCAUUGUCUACUACAACACUAACGACUCAAUUCCCACCCACCAGGCAGCCGUGAUAGAACACAUAGGAAAGGACGCGCCCACCUGUCCGCGCCAACGCGUUCGACAUAUCCACUUGGACACUCGACAUUCACACUCUGCUUGACCGACUCGACUGGCUGCGCAUCUUGCAGAUAUAUUCCAUAAUCUCCGGUCUUUCUUGUCCUCCUCGAUCUACCUCUGGUCCUCCACUCCGCCUGUGGCCCUCCUUCCCUCCCACACGCACACAUACAUCCACACAAGUCACAAUGAGCGAAUCUCGAGACAUGUACGACAGCGACAUCGCGAGCCAAUAUGACGAGCGCACAACAUUCCCAGACCUGAACAGUCCUCUCUCCGACUUCACACCAACGCGCCAUCAAUCUCCCUAUGGAGAGCAUUUGUCGUACUCGGGCUAUCCGUUCGAGCCUUCGGAAACAGAUCCUGAUGCGUACUCGGUCGCUAGCGACUCUGCGGUCAGCGAGUCUAUUGGAGGCGCAUCGUUGGAAAGCACCUGGGGCCCUCUAGCUCGACACUGGUAUAAUCGCAAUGCCGGGCUGGUCCGUCGUAGCGAGUCUCCCACAAUGUCGCGUUCCAUGUCACCUUCAAGGAGAUCGCUACACCCAACACAAAUAUUACUACCGCUUUCUCGAGACCAGACUCCUCGCUCCAGUCCGGACCGUGAUGACAUUCCGAACGUGGGAGAGCUGAGCGUCGUAGAGGAGGAGCAUGAAGGGGCAGAGGACGGGAACGAUGAUGGUGACGACGAUGAUGAUAAAAAGGAGGAGGAAAUUCCAGCCGUCCAGCAUACGUCCGCAGGGUAUUCAUUUAUCCGGUUCACGAUGCGCGGGGAAAUACAUUCUUCGAUCGAGCAUAUCGAAAAUAGCCUGUUGUGGCUCAAGUCAAGAUACGAUGCGGUUACCGAAGCCAAGCUGUCCAAGGCGUCCACGAUACUUGUUAUACUGCUAGGUUACAUCGCUUUCAAGCUUCUGCUCGCCACAGCCGAGCAACCAGCCUCGCCCGAUCUUGUGAUGGUUGCGCAACUAAGCAAAUCGUAUGAGCCUUUACUCUACUACACUGAGGAUGGAUUCAGACAGGUCGAUACCCUGCAGGAGACUAGCAUCGCCGUUUGGGACCUGGGAGAAACCAUCCGGCAAAGUAACAUGACAUCAGGUCCGAUCAUCUUCCGCGAGCUGGACGAUCUCAGCGGCACUCUGAUGGAGCUAUCGCAGAAUCUGAAUGUGUUCUUGGGACAGGUCACUAGUGACGUGGACAGCAUACUCUCGACCAUGGACUGGGCGAAGCGGGAGCUCGCAAAGGCGUUGACACGGCCGACUACCAUCUUUGAUAGUGUCCACGGCAUCUUUAGCCGUAUCAAGCUUCUAGAGAGGGGUGGACAAUCGACCAAGAUUGGCGAAGUUGUGACUGAGCUCUUUGGGCAAACGACGCACCAAAGGACCAUGGUCAGCUUGCACCGAACCUUCAACGAGUUCCUGAAUACGAUGGAGAGAAGUAUCAAUGACGAGCUUACUCAUUGCAACAACAUCAUCCGGCUCUUUAACGAUGUCGACGGGCAAUUUAUGAACCUGCAGCGUACGGUGAUUCGUGAGAAGGACCAGCAAGAGCGCGAGGAAGGCGACAUCCUGGGCAGUAUGUGGCAUCGCCUGCUCGGAAGCAACUCGGCGAUUGCCAAGUUCGAGAAGAACAGAAAGCUGCUAUCGAGCAUCAAAGAUCGCACAGUCAGGGACAAGCACAUGCUCGUCAGCCACCACGGACGCCUCCUUACGCUGAAGGCGAAUCUGGAGGGCUUGCGACGACGUCUAUUCAGUCCGCUUGUCAGAGGCAAUGCCAGCAGUUCGUUGAGCGCCGCAGAACAGAUCGAGGGCCUGAAUGAAAUCUAUGAAUACGUCGACAAGAUUCGCGACAAUCACAAGGUUCGAAUGCGCGAUGAACGACGACUUUCCGGUCACAAGGAGUCCCAGAAGGUCAUUGAAGGCUCGUCAUGAGAGUGAUGCAACACGGUUUUUUGUUAGUCGUUAUACGGAGUCUUUCUACGGUAUGAUGGUUAAUGAUAGCGGAGUCCCAAAUGAGCAUUUCUUGGACAGGCGCGUAGACGGCAACAAGCUCGCGCAGUGUGGCGCGAUAAGGAGUACUCGAUUGACACCCUGCAAAGCAUUUAUUUUUUCUUCUUGAGGGCAGCUGUCUUUGGUAUCUGUAUUGGUUCGGCAUUCAUUCCAGGGCUGUUUGUUCAGCGAGGUUUUUCUCGCGACCGGAUGACGACGGGAAUGUAUGUAAGAAGCCAUCCAUCUACCUUGAGCUACGUAGAACUAACUAUUAGUGAGUGAGUGAGGUGAUAUUUACCUCGCCACCUUCUUUUCUCUCUUUCUCUAUUACAAGAGCACACACGCAAUUACUUGAACUGCG